AUGGGAACGGGGGAGGAGGAAGCUGCUGCACUGUCAAUCAGCAGCAGCAGCAGCAGCAGCAGCAGUAGCAGUAGCAGCAGCAGCAGCGAUAGCACGACAGGAAACAAGAAGCAGGGGUGCAGCAGCAGCUGCAGCAAUAGUCGCAGCACCGAAGGAGACGCCAGGAGCAGCAGCACCAGCAACAAGAAUAGCAGCAGCAACGACAGCAGCAGCAAUGACAGGAGCACAACAUGCAGUAGCAGCAACAGCAAGGAGAGCAGCAGCAGCAAUAACAGCAGCAGCAGCAGCAACAGUUCUAAGGAUCGCAACAUCUGCUGCAGUAAGGACAGUAGCUGCAGCAAUGAUAAGAACAGCUAUAAAAACAGCGAUGACAGAAGCAGCAGCAGGGGCAAGAGCAGCAGCAGCAGCAGCAGCAGCGGCAGCAGCAGCAGCAGCAGCAACAACAACAACAAGAAAGUAUGGACAAAGGAGGUGGAAGAAGCUAUGAUUGCUGCUUGCUACAAACAACUCACCUACAGCACUCGCCGAGAUUUGGAGAGAAGAGUCAGGUCAGGAACGGGAACAGAGACAAAGGCGACCCAGAGCUGCUGCUCUUCCGCCCAGCAGCAGCAGCAGCAGCAGCAGCAGCAGCAGAAGAGUUGCUGCGGCGGUUCUUCUCAUUCUCACGGCAAUGAAUCAUCUUGCUGCUCUUCUUCCGCAGCCCCCGAAGCAGCAGCAGCAGCAGCAGGAACAGGAGCAGCAGCAGCAGCAGCUCCAGACGAAGCAGACACAGCAGCAGCAGCAGCAGCAGCAGCUCCUUAUUCAUUUUGCAGGGAUCCCUCAGAUAAUUUAGGCCGCCGUCUUGAUGAUUGUUUAAGAAGAGAUAAGCUUAGAACCCUCCUUCCAAAUAUUUGUGAAAGAGCAGCGAAGGGUCGGGGAUGUUUGGGAUUAUCCAGACUUUGGGAUGGAAUGAGCAUGGAGAAGGGGAGCCCUGAGGAUAUUCAUCUUCACGAAGAAAUCCUUAAGGAGGCACUUCUCAGAGAAGUGCAGGCGCAGAUAGCGCAUGAAAUGCGGCAGGAGCAACACCGUGACAGUCGGGAAGGCGGCUUGCUAGCAAACCCUUCUGCAUACAACGAGGGCCCUUUGUGCUUUCUUCAAGCUGAAACAAUUAGAGAUUUGAUGAUAGAUGGAGUGGCUGUACAGAGCGGCUUUAUAGGCGAAGAAGUUUUGACGUGUUAA